AUGCUGCUGUUGAUGGACUUGAUGGUAAGUAUUUUAAAUUAAAUCUCAGGAUGGAAAGACAAUUUAAAUAACAAUAUUGUUUUUCAAAGUGGUGAUGUAAUGUUAUAUGGAGGUAAUUCUCCCAAAUUUAGUAUAUUAUUCUCGAGACUAAGUCCUCAUUAUUAAGUUAAAAUAGAAAUGGAAUUUUGGUUGUAUUAGUAUUUAUUAAAUAAGAAAUAACCUAAUGAGUUUUGGGGGUUUAUAAAUGUAUUUAGAUGGGAUGAAAAUUUAUAAUAGGUCUUAUAAUAAUGAUACGAUAAUAAGUUUAAAUGGUCCUACACCAUUCAAUUAAUAUUACGAUAUUAUAAAAGUAAAAUAUCCACAGAAAAAAAAAACUGCUUUUUUAUAUAUUGAUGUCACAGGAUUGGUAUUUUAUCAAUAUAUUUUGAGUCAAGUUGUGGGAUUCGAAUUUUUUAAUUUUAUAUUGAAAGAUGCCCCUAAGAAUGUGAUGUUUGUGACAAUUACGAUUUUUUAGCUUGCAAAAAAUGGAGAAUUUUUAUGUUAAACUUUGAUUAGUAUCAAUUUUCGAACCUUUAAGGAUGGUCUACAGAAUUAUCUUGGAAUUUGUAAUAAUUUUUUAUUUGUGGAUAAUGUCAUUUUCUUCGAUAAUAUUAAAUUCAAUACACUGGAGUAUUACCCCCUCAUAAAGGUUUAAUGGUUAAAUUUUUUAGAAUAUUUGAUAUUGGUUCUCAAAUUAUAUUAAUAAAUGGAGUAGAAUAUUUAGUGUAAUAGCCAACUGUAUUUUAUUAGAUUGAAUUAAUAAUUAAUCAACACAUAGACCAAAAAUUAUCUAUAUCUAUCUAAUUGGGUUAUAUAAGAGAUUUUGAAUUAUAUUAUUAAAUAGAGGAAAAAUACUCUGAUCUUUAAAUUAUUAAUUGCCUUUAUUUUAUUAAUACUAUUUGUGUAAGUUGUUUAGAUGGUUGGGAAUUUGAUGAAAUCCAAAAUUAAUGUCAACCUUAAUGUGGAGAUUAUUUGAUUUAAGGACUUGAAGAAUGCGAUGAUGGAAAUUAAAUCCAAAAUGAUGGAUGUUAUUAGUGUAAAUUUGAUUGUGGUGUUCAUUGUUUAAAUUGUGAGUUUGGAAUCUGUAAAAAAUGCGAUUCUGGUUAUCUUGUAUAAAACAAUUAGAACAAUAUUUCUUAAUGCUACCUGGAAAUACAUGAUGAAGAAGAAGAAGAGGAAGAAUAAUCAGAAGAAGAAUCUUAAUUUUUAGAUAAUUGUAUUGUUUUAGAAGAAUAGCUGUGUAAGCAGUGCUUAUCUGGAUAUUUACUAUAGAAUGGAUAUUGUUUUCCUUAUUGUGGAGAUGGGAUUUUAAUUAUUGGACUGGAAGAAUGUGAUGAUGGAAAUUUAGUUCCUUAUGAUGGCUGUUUUAAUUGUGCAUACUAAUGUCCUUUAAAUUGUAUAUUAUGUAAUUAAGGAGUAUGUUAUUAAUAAUGUGAAAUAGGUUUUGAAUUUAUUGAUUAAUCUUGCCUACCUAUAUGCGGAGAUGGAUUGAUAACUUAUUUAGAAGAAUGUGACGAUUAAAAUUAAAUACUUUAUGAUGGAUGUUAUGAAUGUCAAUUUUCAUGUCCUUAGAAUUGUCUUGAAUGUUUAGAUGGGUAUUGUCUAUAAUGCAAUAUAAAUUAUCAGCUACAAUCAAACAACAUAUGCAAAUUAAUUAUUGAAUAGUAAAAAGAAUGUGAUGAUCAAAAUUCUUAUUCUUUCGAUGGCUGUCAUUAAUUUUAGAUUCAAAUAGACUGGGUUUGUAGAAGACUAAAUUUAGAUACUUUCAGUGAGUGUUCUUAUUUUAAAUAUCCAUAAUUAUAUAUUCAUUAUGAAUAGAUGAGUCGGAAUAUAUAAUAUUUAAAACUUACAUUUAAUUAACCUGUUAAAGUAUUAUCUAUUCGAUUACUUAUAGAAUCACUUACUUUUUCAAUAUUGAAUUUAUCUGAAUCAUAGUAUAAUAUUAAUGUAUUGAAUAAUCAAGAUAUAAGUAGAUAUCCGAAAAUUGUAGAGUAUUAUAUAGAAAUUGAGAUCUUUUAGCUUUUAACAUUUAAGCCUAUCUUAAUAAUAAAUUUAUAAUAAAAUAUUACUAAUCAAUAUGGUUCAAAGAUCUAAGUUAAAAAUUAUUCUAAAAGUUUAUAGUUUUCUACAUAUUUAGAUGAAAAUUAGAGAUAUUAUUCAUAGAUUGCUUAAUAGACUAAUAGGUAUCUGCUAUUUUCAUUUGGUGGAAUAUGCGCUUUAUUUAUUUUCCAAGGAAGAUAUGAAUAAUUAAUAGAAAUUAUAAACCUUUUAUCUUUUCAAAAUUAUCUUAGAUACAUUAAUGUGAGAUUUCCAUAAAAUCUUCUACUUUAUUUUGAAUCAUAUGAUUUGUUAUCUUUAAAAACAAUUAUUAACUUACUUAAUAUUUAGCAUAUAGAAAGAUUUGUGUUUUAUAAAGAAUAAAAAGAAACUUCAGGAAAAUUCAAAUUUUAUGAAGAAAAUGCUGAUUUAAUUACUAAUCUUGAAUGGUAAAUCAUUCAAUCUUUACUAUAUGUACUUUUGAUUUUGUUAUCAACUGGGAUUUAAAAAUUUAUCCAAUUUAAUUACUUCAAUCAUAAAGUGUUAUAGUAUUUUAGCACAUCAGAACAGCAUUCAAAUAGAGAGUACAAAUAUUAAUGUAUCUAAUGGUUAUAUAACAGAUGUCAAUGGGUGAUUCAUUUUGGAAAGGUAUUAAGUUUAAAUGGAAUUCAAGGAGUAUUAUUAGCCAAUGGAUGGGAUCUGA